UCUUCGGGGUAGCUGCCUGUGGCUGACCAGUUUCUCCCACCAGGACGUCCACCAGGCCCGUCCUGCUCUUCUUCUUUAUAGAGUGUGAGACAAAAAAGAAGCCAAGAUGUCUGAGAAAAAGAUGUCAUCGAGUCGCAAGCAUAAUCUCAAGAGCUUGAUGCUCUCAAUUGCCAAGGGCCUGCUGGAGGCUGAGAAGACCGAGGCCGAAGCAGAGAGGAAGAGGUACAUGGAGGAGAACUGCCCUGCUCUCUCGCUGCCCGGAUCUGUGCAGGACCUUCAGGAACUGUGCAAGAAACUCCAUCAGCAGAUUGAUAAGGUGGAUGAGGAGAGAUACGACUUGCAGGCCAAGGCUGAGAAGGCUGACAAGGAGAUCGAAGACCUGAAGAUCAAGGUGAUCGACCUGAAGGGCAAGUUCAAGAAGCCAGCUCUGAGGAAGGUGCGCAUGUCCGCUGACGCCAUGCUCCAGGCUCUGCUGGGCUCCAAGCACAAGGUGUCUAUGGAUCUGAGGGCCAACCUGAAACAAGUGAAGAAGGAGGUCAAGGAGGAGUCACUGGAAGCCGUUGGCGACUGGCGCAAGAAUAUUGAGGACAAGGCUGGCAUGGACGGCAGGAAGAAGAUGUUUGAGUCCGAGGCCUAAAUAGUUUUACUGCUGCUGAGCUUCUGUUCAUUUCUCUUAGGAUCUCGGUUAGGCUGCAGGAUGCUCUUCUUUUGGACUCCUUCUCUUUCUCAACCACAUCCUGGCUCCUCGGCGCCAAGUUCUUUCCCUUUCUGCUCGGGUAGAGUAGUGGGAGGGCUGGAGGUGGAGAUCAACCGCUGCUGUGGGUUUCCACCUGCUUUGCCCUGUAUCGUCCUCGAACCUCGGAUCCAACAAAUGGACCUCAUCAAAAAAAAAAAAUUGUGCAACCCAUUGUAGAUGAGUGUGUUUGGCUGAGGUGCUUUAUCUCCAUACCGAAUAAAGGAUUUGAUGACAACA